CGGCCCGCCCCCAGCGCCCUCCCGGCCAGCCAGCGCCUUGGCCUCUCAUUCCCAUCCCGUCGCCGGUGCGCCCUGGGAGCCUGCCUUACGAGCAAGACCUGCGCCCACGGGCUCCCUCCAGCCGCCACCGUCCGGCUGAGCCUCAGCUCCGGAGCUGCCGCUGCCGCUGCCGCUGCCGGGACAUGGUCCUCUGCGUUCAGGGACCCUGUUCUUUGCUGGCUGUGGAGCAGAUCGGGCAGCGGCCCCUGUGGACCCAGUCCCUGGAGCUGCCCGAACCAGCUAUGCAGCCUUUGCCUGCUGGGUCCUUCCUGGAGGAGGUGGCAGAGGAGACCCCAGCCCAGCCAGAGAGUGAACCCAAGGUGCUGGACCCUGAGGAGGAUCUGCUAUGCAUAGCCAAGACUUUCUCUUACCUUCGGGAAUCUGGCUGGUAUUGGGGUUCCAUUACGGCCAGCGAGGCCCGACAACACCUGCAGAAGAUGCCAGAGGGCACGUUCCUGGUACGUGACAGCACCCACCCCAGCUAUCUAUUCACUCUGUCUGUCAAAACCACUCGAGGCCCCACCAACGUACGCAUUGAGUACGCUGACUCCAGCUUCCGCCUGGACUCCAACUGCCUGUCCAGGCCACGCAUCCUGGCCUUCCCAGACGUGGUCAGCCUUGUGCAGCACUAUGUGGCCUCCUGUACUGCUGACACCCGAAGUGACAGCCCUGAACCUGCACCCACCCCAGCCCUGCCUACCCCUAAGGAAGAUGCACCUGGUGACCCAGCACUACCUGCCCCUGCAGUCACCGCCGUGCACCUAAAACUGGUGCAGCCCUUUGUGCGCAGAAGCAGUGCCCGCAGCCUGCAGCACCUGUGCCGCCUUGUCAUCAACCGUCUGGUGGCUGAUGUAGACUGCCUGCCACUGCCCCGGCGCAUGGCUGACUACCUCCGACAGUACCCCUUCCAGCUCUGACCCACCUGAGCAUCCGCCUAGCCUCACCCAGACAUACCCUGGAAGGGACACGGGCCCCAGCUGGACUUGGGCUCCCAUCGUCCCUCCUCCAGUUAUCCUAGUGACUGCAAGCACCUGACAGCUGGACCAGGAAGAGUCAGCAGGAGCAAGGCUGGGGAUGAGGGGUAGAGAAAAGUGUCACACAACUUGAAGGUCAACACCCCCAGCUCCCAUGUGGCUCCGUUGUGGUGAGCCAUGUGUCAGAAGAGAGGGAGACAGGCGGGACCUUGUCUCACCUUGUGGGUGAGGCCCAGGCCCCCAUUUGCCUGUUGUGGGCUCUUGAACUGUAUAGACUUUGCCAGCCCUGGUGUCUCAGUCCACAGUGUGGGGCAGGCCCCCUCCUUCUAGCCAGCCUGUCUCAGGAAGGAUGGUGGCCAGAGGAACUGAGGUUGACAGUGACAGUCCCUUGAUGGGGGAACAGGCCAGGCUGAGGGACUACAAAGUUAUACAGUAUUUAUUUAUUUAUUCUCCUUGGGUUUGUCUCAAGGUGAGCCAAUCCCACCUCUCUGCCCUGAGCCCUGAGUGCUCUGGAGACCCCAGCUCUGCCCCAACUUCUCUGGUUCCUCCUGGUGGAGAGCCCCAUCCUGAGACAUGUUGCUGGAUCCACGGCAGUUCUGGAUAUUCUGGCACUGACCCACCCACCUGUGAAUGUGUGCACCCUCUUCUGCCCCCAGCCCUGUUUUGGGAGAGUGGGAAAGCGGACAAGAAAAUGAAGCCAAAGUGUCAGUGCCCAGCAGAGCCUGCCACUCGCCCCCUCGCAGGGCAGAGCCCUGUCUGCACAGAGCUGGUCUCGGUGGGGCACCAGCCUGCGGGAGCGUGUGUGCAGUGUCAGGAAGCAGCAUGUUGGCUCCACAGCUGCUGCUCCAGCUCUGCUGGGUCGGCUUCCUGCCCAGGAAGGUGCCUGCACACGAGAGGGAAAGAAAUACCUAUCUGAUAAGACUUUAUAAAAUAAGUAUUAUAACAAGCAAAACCCAGUUUGGUAGUCUUUUUUCUUCCACUGAUUUUUCUGUAUUGACAAUAAAAUUGUACUUUUCAUUUAAGGAGA